CGUAUGAGUAAUGAGUAUCAUCCUUGAAAUUAGCUAAUUUGAAGCAUAAGCAUCUUACGAGGUACAUAUUCAUCAUCCCUAGAUGAAACAUGUAUGGUUUUCCUUUAUAUACCCAAGCCAUUUUAGGAGAACAUUCCCUUUCCCAAUCUCUAACUUUAAUUCUCCAAUUCUUUUGUAAGUAAUUUGUUUGUUGAAUAUUCAACUAUCGAUUAAUGUAUUAUGGCUCAACAAAGGGAGGAACCUGUACCAGUUCCCCAAACAAUAUUAGAGAAUGUUUGGGCAAAUUUCAUUUCUAAAAAGGAUGAUGAACAAGUUGUUGAUAAUUGCUCCAAAUCAUUAUACCAUGAUUUGCCUGGCUUGGAUUCUAGAGAUGGCCAAGUGGGAGCACUUAAAAGGAUUCCAAGUUUAGGCCGGAUUUUAUCCAUGGGAUCCGAUGAUUGGGAUGAACUUUUCAGUAUGAUUAAUAAUAUGCCAACAAGCAAGAAUGAAGAUCAACUACAAGGCAGUACUAUUAACAACAAGUCGGAAGGAAGAGACAUCAUGGAAACUAUGCAUCCGAAUUCGGGUGAAGGAGUAGUAAAGAGGGAGAAGAUGGUGUUUGCAAGACAUUAUCGCGGGGUGCGGAGACGGCCAUGGGGAAAAUAUGCAGCUGAGAUAAGAGAUUCAUCAAGGAAAGGAGCUAGACUUUGGCUUGGGACAUUUGAAACAGCAGAGGAAGCAGCCAUGGCUUAUGACAAAGCUGCAUUGAGGAUUAGAGGUCCCAAGGCUCAUCUAAAUUUCCCACUUGAAAAAGUUGUUCAAGCUUUGGAAAUUUCAAAUCAUUCCAAUCGAAAACAAACUUUGGAAUUGGAUUCAUCUUCAAGUUCUUGUCAAAUCAUUGAAUCCUCAUAUUCAGUUGUUGGUUCAGGAGAAAUCAUUUCUGGUCAUACUAGAAAAAGAGCAAGGGAAGAAUAUUGGAGAAUCGAGGAUUCCGUUAAUAACAGCAAUGCAGAACAAUACCAAUCGAAACGGAUACGAGUUUGGGAAGAAGCUUUUGUGAACGAUAUUGAUUUGUUUGGAUUCGAGAAUCAGCAAAUUGAAACUGAUCAUUUCUACAAUUUGUUCUCCACAUUUUAAUUGUAAUUCGUAGCUGCUAGCUAAAGUAUAAAGUGAAAAUUUUAUUUUAAAAAGAAUUAUUUUGUUACAGCUAUAUGAAGCUUAUGAUUGUUAUAUAUUAUUGUCAUUAGAGAAUUUGUAUCAUUGACUGGAUUGACAAUCUUGCACAUUAAUUCUUGGUCAAGAGGCUAUUCACAAAUGAAUAUGUUAUAACUUAAUUAAGUAGUAGAAUAAAAACUCUUGUAACUCAACUCUAG